GCUAGCUGGGAUCACUGUUUGUUUACUGACCGCCAGUCGCGCACGUCGCUUCGAAGACGCUGUUACUCGGUUGUGCGGAUCGCGAAUUCAGUCGCUGGAAAGUGGUUCUCCUUGCAAUCCCAAUCCAAAGUGUGAUAAUCCUGACUCUUGAAAGGAGUUUACCCCUAGAGUCCUAGAAUGGCGACAUCGCGGGAGCAAUUCUUGUUCGGCAGCGACAACGGAGUUGCCGGCCUCGGUCUGGGCAUUGAGAUCGGGGAAGUGACCUCCGGUCGCGUCUACAACACCACCACUGUGCCUGUGACUAACUCUGGAGGAUGGCGACAUGCCCAGUCAAGUGUUACGCCCCCACCCAUCCCCACCCCGCCCCAGGUGACCUAUACCAAUGGGUCGUCGGCCACUGCCAGUAAACAACCGCCAUUGGAACCCGUGGAGGAGGAAGAGGUGCACUUCGACACCGAUGCCCUGAACAACCUGCCAGCCCGCGAGCCCGUGGACAUGGAGUUCAGGGAUCUCUCCCUCACCGUGAAAUUGGGCUUUAACCGAGGAUCCAAGGAAAUCUUGCACAAUGUAUGCGGAAAGUUCCCCGGCAGCCAGCUCAUCGCCAUUAUGGGACCUUCGGGUGCAGGAAAGUCCACUUUGCUGGAUGCCCUUUCCGGUUUCAAAACAACCGGAGUGGAUGGCUCCAUCUUGCUCAAUGGUCGACGACGUGACUUGCCCUCUUUCCGCCGCAUGUCCUGCUAUAUCACGCAGGAUGAUCGCCUGCAGCCGCUGCUGACGGUGAACGAGAACAUGCAUAUAGCCGCCGAUCUUAAGCUGGGUCAGACCGUCAGUUAUGAAGAGAAGGAGAGCAGGAUCGAGGACAUCCUGCUGCUCCUCGGCCUCUACGAUCACGAUCAGACCCUCACAAUGCGCCUGUCCGGUGGUCAGAAGAAGAGGCUAUCCAUUGCCAUGGAGCUGAUCAACAACCCCACUGUGAUGUUCCUGGACGAGCCUACAACUGGCUUGGACAGUAGCUCGUGCACCAAGGUCCUGGAGCUGCUCAAGAAACUUACUAGCCAAGGUCGCACCAUCAUCUGCACAAUCCAUCAGCCCACUGCCAAGUUGUUCCAGAUCUUCGACCAGGUGUACGUCCUGUCGGCUGGCAACUGCGUCUACCAGGGCAGUACCCAGAAACUAGUGCCAUUCCUGCAUUCGGUGGAUCUGCCCUGUCCCAUGUACCACAAUCCAGCGGAUUACAUUAUUGAGCUGGCCUGCGGAGAAUAUGGCUACGACAAGGUCGACACCCUUAAAGUUGCCACGGAAAACGGAAGCUGCCUCACUUGGUUCGAUAAUCCCAGUGCGGUGCUGCGCUCCGAGGUCCUGAUGAGAAAGUAUCCCAUUCCAAAGAAAACCAAAAGCCGUUCGCUGGAGGACACCAGCUUUUCCAACCAGUGCUCUGUGCUUUUGCGACGCGGUUUCAUCAAAGCGAAACGAGACACAACCAUGACGCACUUGAGGAUCGGUGUCAACAUUGCGGUGGCCGCUCUGUUCGGAGCCAUGUACGAUCACACGGGACGAGAGGGAUCUCGAGUGCUGGACAACUACAAUUUGCUGUUUGCCAUUCUAAUGCACCAUUCCAUGACCACGAUGAUGUUGACUGUUUUGACUUUCCCCAUGGACAUCUCCAUACUGAUCAAAGAGCAUUUCAACCGUUGGUACUCGCUCAAAGCCUACUACACUGCCAUGACACUUGUGGAUCUGCCCAUAUCUAUCAUAAGUUGCUUCCUCUUUACGGUAAUCGUUUACUUAUGGAGUUAUCAGCCUAUGGAGUGGGUCCGCUUCUGGAUGUUCUUCGCCAUCAGUAUACUGACUGUUUUUGUCGGCCAUAGUUUUGGUUUGAUGAUUGGCGCCUGGUUCGAUGUCGUCAACGGCACUUUCCUAGCUCCCGUGCUGACCAUUCCCAUGAUGAUGUUCGCCGGCUUUGGAGUCACCCUGCGGGAUCUGCCAGGCUACUUAAGAUGGGGCAGUCAUAUAUCAUACUUAAGAUAUGGGCUAGAGGGCUUCAUAGCAUCCAUCUAUGGAUUGGAUCGAGGAGUCCUGGCCUGCGAGGAGGCGGCCUACUGUCAUUACAGGUAUCCAAAGAAAUUUCUAGAGGAAAUUACCAUGCGAGGUGAUCAGUUCUGGAACGACGUCAUCGCGUUGGGAUCCAUGAUUAUUAUUUUCCGACUGGUGUCCUACGUCGUGCUCAAGGCCAAGAUCAAGUCGAUUCGAUAGGCCCGUUGGGGUAGACACACCUUUAGCCCAUUCCUUGUAUUAUACAUUAAUUGUUGAACAUUAUGUUUAGUGCUAUUAAUAUUUAAAAAAUAUGUACAAGUACAUAAAACACUGUUAAAUAAAGCUACGAUUUGUAACUAGCCUA